AUGGACAACGCAUAUGUGCAAUCGGCAUCUUCGGUGCUGAAGCACUUUGAUGUACAGGAAGGGUCUGGCCUUGACAACAACUCGGUCUCCGAGUCAAGACAGAAGCAUGGUCGCAAUGCUCUCCCCGAAGACCCACCAACACCGCUCUGGGAACUUAUUCUGGAACAAUUCAAGGACCAACUUGUCAUCAUCCUCCUCGCGUCGGCUGCCGUCUCAUUCGUUCUCGCUCUCUUCGAGGACAGCAAUGACUGGACUGUCUUUGUUGACCCCAUCGUAAUUCUCACCAUCCUCAUCCUCAACGCCGUCGUUGGUGUCUCGCAAGAAUCGUCUGCCGAAAAGGCAAUCGCCGCCCUUCAAGAGUACUCGGCCAACGAGGCCAAGGUCGUUCGCAAUGGCAAGGUUCAGCGCAUCAAGGCAGACGAGCUGGUCCCCGGAGACAUCGUCAAGGUCGCCGUGGGUGAUCGCAUCCCCGCCGACUGCAGAGUCCUGUCGAUCCACAGCAACAGCUUCCGCAUCGACCAGAGUAUCCUGACUGGAGAGAGCGAGAGCGUAGGCAAGGACACCGACUCGAUUAAGGACGCGAAUGCUGUCAAGCAGGACCAGAUCAACAUGCUUUUCUCCGGUACCACCGUCGUUACUGGAAACGCCACUGCUAUCGUCGUCCUCACUGGCUCUAACACGGCCAUUGGUGACAUUCACGAGAACAUCACCUCUCAAAUCUCGCAGCCUACUCCUCUCAAAGAGAAGCUCAACGACUUUGGUGACACUUUGGCCAAGGUCAUUACUGUCAUCUGUAUCCUCGUCUGGCUCAUCAACAUCCCCCACUUCAACGACCCUGCCCAUGGCUCUUUCACCAAGGGUGCCAUUUACUACUUGAAGAUUGCCGUGUCACUCGGUGUCGCUGCCAUCCCCGAAGGUCUCGCUGUUGUUAUUACCACCUGCCUCGCCCUCGGAACUCGCAAGAUGGCCGCUAAGAACGCUGUUGUUCGCAGUCUUCCCUCAGUGGAGACUCUGGGUAGCUGCAGUGUCAUCUGCUCGGACAAGACUGGAACUCUUACCACCAACCAGAUGAGCGUCAACAAGGUCGUCUUUAUCAACGAGCAUGGCUCCGGUCUUGAGGAACUCACUGUCGAAGGAACCAGCUUCGCUCCUGAGGGUGCAAUCACCACUUCAAACGGACAGACUCUCCAUAACGCAGCUACCUCGUCCUCUACCAUCGCUCAAAUCGCCGAAGUCGCCGCUCUCUGUAACGAUGCACGUCUCGCCUACGACAGCGAGAAGGGUGUCUACAACAACGUCGGUGAGGCUACCGAAGGUGCUCUCCGAGUCUUGGCCGAGAAGAUUGGCACAAGAGAUGCAUCCGUCAACUCCGCAAGAUCAGCCCUCGCUCCUGAAGACAGAAUCCACCAUGCCAGUAAGCACUGGGAAACCAGCACUCCUCGCUUGGCCACCUAUGAGUUUGCUCGCGACCGCAAGAGUAUGUCUGUCCUUGUCCAGGAUGGCUCUUCGCAACGUCUUCUUGUCAAGGGUGCUCCUGAAUCGAUCAUCGCUAGAUGCAGAUAUGUCUUGGUUGGAUCCAAGGGCACCAGAAUGGCUCUCACUGACAACGUCUCCGCUCUUCUUUCCAAGGAGGUUGUUGACUACGGUAACCGUGGACUUCGUAUCAUGGCUCUUGCUAGCGUCGACAACAUCUCAUCCCCUCUGCUGAAGCAGGCCAAGACUAGCCCCGAAUACGCUCAGCUCGAACAGAAUAUGACUCUCAUCGGUCUUGUUGGUAUGCUUGACCCUCCUCGUCCUGAGGUGGCUGACAGCAUCCGCAAGUGUCGCGAGGCUGGUAUCCGUGUCGUCGUUAUCACUGGUGACAACCAGAACACCGCCGAGACUAUCUGUCGCCAGAUUGGUGUCUUUGGGACUGACGAAGACCUCACUGGCAAGAGUUUCACUGGUCGCCAAUUUGAUGAUCUCAACGACGCCGACAAGCUCAAGGCUGCUAAGAACGCUUCUCUCUUCUCCCGUACUGAACCUACCCAUAAGUCCAAAUUGGUUGACCUUCUCCAGUCUGCUGGUGAAGUCGUCGCCAUGACUGGUGAUGGUGUCAACGAUGCCCCUGCUUUGAAGAAGGCCGAUAUUGGUGUUGCUAUGGGUAGUGGUACCGAUGUAGCCAAACUCGCCGCCGACAUGGUUCUCGCAGACGACAAUUUUGCAACCAUUGAGGCUGCUGUCGAGGAAGGCAGAAGCAUCUACAACAACACCCAGCAAUUCAUCCGUUACCUGAUCUCGUCCAACAUUGGCGAGGUCGUGUCCAUCUUCUUGACUGCGGCCAUGGGCAUGCCCGAGGCUCUCAUCCCUGUUCAGCUCCUUUGGGUCAACUUGGUUACCGACGGUCUUCCUGCUACUGCGCUUUCCUUCAACCCUGCCGAUCAUGAUAUCAUGAAGCGCAAGCCUCGUAAGCGUGACGAAGCUCUUAUUGGUGGCUGGCUCUUCUUUAGAUAUAUGGUGAUCGGUACGUACGUCGGUAUUGCCACUGUUGGCGGAUACGCAUGGUACUUUAUGUUUAGCGAGGCUGGACCCAAGGUCAGCUUCCACGCAUUGACUCACUUCCACUCUUGCAGCAUUUUUGAACAUCCCAUUGACUGCUUGAUGUUCACCAAUGACACCUCCAAGAUUGCAUCGACCAUCUCCUUGUCAAUCUUGGUCGUGAUUGAGAUGCUCAACGCCAUGAACGCCUUGUCCUCGUCCGAGAGUCUGUUGACUCUUCCUCUCUGGAAGAACAUGAUGCUCGUCUACGCCAUCUGUUUGAGUAUGGCACUGCACUUUGCACUUCUUUACACACCCUUCUUGCAGGGAAUCUUUGGCAUCAUCCCUCUUGGUUGGGACGAGUGGAAGCUGGUACUUGCAUGGAGUGCACCUAUUAUUUUGAUUGAUGAGGUGCUUAAGUUCCUCGAGCGUACAUUUGUCAUGGAGAAGCCCGGUAAGCAUAUCAAGCCAAAGGCAGAGUAG